AUGAAGCACACGCUGGUUGCCUCGCUGGCAUUCGCGGCCGCCCUCGCGCGCGAGCUGCUGCCCGUCAAGAUCCUCGCGCCGUCGGCCGACCACUUCCGCGACAUUGUCAGCAACGACACGUACGACUUUGGCUGCCGGCCCAUGGCGCGGCCCACGGCCGACGGCCAGAUGGAGCUGCACGCGCUCCUGACGCGUGACCAGAUCACGUACCUGAACCACGAGUACCGGUCCGUCGACGCCAUCUCGAUCCGCGAGGAGUCGCUGGUCAAGCGCGCCACGUCGGCCCCCAUCGGCACCGGCGACCGCUUCCAGGCCGGCACCGUGGCCCCCGUCGGCCUCGGCACCAAGCCCAGCGGCACCACCAUCGCCAGCAUCAUGAACGUGGCCGAGAUCAAGUCGGCCGUCGGCGGCCUCGUCACAAAGUACGGCGUCACCUCGUACAACCUGCCCUACGCCACAUUCAACGGGGCCACCCAGUAUGCCGCCUACGUCGGCGCCGGCGCCGACACCUCCAAGUACCACCUGUAUCUCUCGGCCGCCGUGCACGCGCGCGAGAGAGGCGGGCCCGACAACCUCGUCUAUUGGAUCUCCGACCUGCUGGCGGCCAACGCGAGCGGCGGCGGGCUGACGUACGGCCAGAAGACGUAUACCAACGCGCAGGUCAAGUCGGUGCUGGCCGCGGGCAUCGUCUUCUUCCCGCUAGUCAACCCCGAUGGUGUGGCCUACGACCAGUCGUCGGGCGCGCUGUGGCGCAAGAACCGCAACACCAAGUCGGGCUCGUCGGGCUCGUCGGUCGGCGUCGACAUCAACCGCAACUUCGACUUUCUGUGGAACUUCAAAAAGUACUUUGCGUCGUCGGUGGCGCCCGCGUCGACGUCGCCGUCGUCCGAGACCUUCUACGGCACCGCGGCGGCCUCGGAGCCCGAGACCAAGAACCACGUGUCCGUGUACGACAAGUUCCCCAAGAUCCGCUGGUUCCUUGACAUCCACUCGGCCGCCGGCGACAUGCUGUACAGCUGGGGCGACGACGACGACCAGUCGACCAACACGGCCAUGAACUUCCUGUCGGCCACGUACGACGGCAAGCGCGGCACCGUCGGCGACACGGCGUACAAGGAGUACAUCCCCUCGUCGGACCUGACGGCCAUCAAGCAGGUGGCGGCGGCGACGGUGGCGGCCAUGAAGGCCGUGGGCGGGCGGUCGUACAUCUCGCAGCAGUCCGUCGGCCUGUACCCGACGUCGGGGGCCAGCGACGAUUACGCCUUCAGUCGUUACUGGGCCAAGGGCGGUGCCGUCAACAAGGUUUAUGGGUACACCAUGGAGUUUGGCUACUCGACCAACUUCUACCCGACCCUAGCCGAGUUCAACCAAAACAUCCUCGACACCAACGCCGGCUUCAUGGACUGGGCGCUGGCCGCGAUUGCCGUGGGGCUGGAGUGA